AUGCCCAAAUGCAGCAAAGGUAAAUUUGGGUUGGAUUGUUCUGAACCUUGUGAUGGUUGUAUUGAAAGUACAUGUGAUCGUUUUAAUGGUGAAUGUGUUGAUAAAAGUGGAUGUAAACCAGGUUAUGAGUAUGGACGAUACUGUAAUAAGACUUGCAUCACAGGAAAAUAUGGGUUGGAUUGUUCUGAAUCUUGUGAUGGUUGUAUUGAAAGUAAAUGUGAUCGUUUGAAUGGUGAUUGUUUUUAUAGUUAUGGAUGUAAACCAGGCUAUGAGUAUGGACGAUACUGUAAUAGGACUACUCCAAAGUGCGACAAAGGCAAAUUUGGGUUGUAUUGUUCUAAAUCUUGUGAUGGCUGUAUUGAAAGUAUAUGUAAUCGUUGUGAUGGUGUAUGUAUUGAUAGUAGUGGAUGUAAACCAGGGUAUGAAUAUGGACCGUACUGUAAUAAGACUUGUAUGAAUUGGCACUUUGGAACCAAUUGCACAAAAAUUUGUUACUGUUUGAACAACCCGUGUGAAAAAAACAGUGGUAUUUGCUCUGAUGGCGGCUGCAAAAAGGGCUGGCAUGGUCAAUCGUGUGAUGAAGAGUGUAGCAAAGGAACAUUUGGGUUGGAUUGUUCUGAAUCUUGUGAUGGUUGUAUUGAAAGUGCAUGUGAUCGUUUUAAUGGUGAAUGUGUUGAUAGUAGUGGAUGUAAACCAGGCUAUGAGCAUGGACCGUACUGUAAUAAAAAUACUCAGAUGUCUCUCCCUGCUAGUUCUGGUACGGCCAUCAGAGGAGGCAUAAGUGCUGCCAUUAUGAUCAUUAUUAUAAAGAUCUUCGAAGUAAAUUAUGUUAUAUGAUAUAUAAAUUUAUAAGUAGAACUCUAUGCACAAAACUUUUGCUGAAAUGAUGCAUUCAUAUGGUUGCAGGGUUAUUCAUUGUAAAGACAAUAAAACGUCAAAAGUUA